CAAUCAUGGUGAUCCAAAGGACUGAGAGACAAUCAUGGACCAUCCAGAGAUCCAGCAAGGUUCAUCUCCCAUGGAUGGGAGACCUCAUGGACAACUGCAUGAUCUUUCCCAUUUAUUUAAAGGGGACCAUACCAAAGGGAUUGCAAAGCCAAAACCUGCACGACCAUUGCAUCGACUCUCUGGGAAGAACAGGCUUUUGUGGAGUAAGCUGAACAACCAAAAGCCAAAGAAUAAGUUUGUUGAGUGCUUCAGCUGCCGUCUCCACAAGUGGUCUGAGAUGCAUGGGUCACUGCAAUGGACUGAUGAAGAGUCUCAGGGAAUCUUGAAGGAGUGGGAUCACCCCUGCUGUGAAACAGAGGUGAAAGAGGCUGAUGAGUGGCUCCAGGAGACUGGUGCUCGAGAGAGCCGGUUGGUGAGGAUACCAACCUUUCCCUGCUCUGUGAAAGUGGAUGCCUUCAAUGACUCAAUCAUCAAACAAGCCAUCCCUCUAGCACGCUGCAAUGCUCCCAUUGUACGAUACCCAUUUCGAGAAUGUAGCCUGAUUGAUCCUCAUCAGUCUCUAUUUUUACAUUGGAACUCCAAGUUGUUGGACAUUAAUUGUCAGGCACAACAUAAGAUAUUGUUUGAAAGCCCUCUUGCCAAGAUUUCAGAUGUAGAUGGGUCUACAUCUGUGAAUUUGGAUCUUCCAGUAGAGGAAUUACCCCUUGAAAGUUCCCAGAUGCAAUCAGAGGAGGUGGAAAAGUUUCUUUCUUUUCUGAAUGAAGAUGAGGAUUCAGAGUGGGCAUGUGAUAUUCAAGAAGCUUCUGGUAUUCAGGAAAAACUUACAUCAGGUAGUGGAAGUGAGAGUGAAUUUUCAAAUUUACAGAAUGUCUUGAGCCACUGGAAAUCAUGGAAUGAACAGGCAAAACCCUCCUCCUGUGACUAUGUCUCAUGGACCAAAUCUGUGUCACUGAAAGGGAUUUUGUUUCAUGGAUCCAUUUACACUCCAAAAGACCUGGGGAAAGUGUGGGACAUGAAGUCCAGCAAGUCACGAAGGGUAAUCCAUUCAUCUUCAUCUUCAUCUGAGUCUGGAGACUCUGAUCUUCACCCUGAUCUAAGAGUGAAGAAGGAUCAGGUGCUCCCACAUGAUCUCCCAAACCCUACCAGCUGUCCAGAAAAUGUGAAAUCUGAGGAUUAUGUAGAGAUGCAGCCAUUGGUGACAAAGUGCCAAAAGAAGACAGAAAGAGCUGUCACUUCCAGGACAAGUACUUGCCACAUUCAACAAAGAAGGGAACAGAAAGAAGACUCAGGGAAGGUUAAGUCCUGGAAGUCAUAUAGGUUAAUUAGUGAUUCUGAAACUUCAUCUGAAUCUGAGGGCUCUGAUCUCCAAAUAGAUGUCAGAGCUGAUGAUAAUCAAAUUGUUUCAGAAGCUUCCACCCAACCUACCAGCCUUCAAGGAAGUUUGACUAAGAAUUGUGCUGGUAUGCAAUAUCCAGUAGAGAAGUCCCAGAAGACAGGUACAGAUGUUGCUUUGAAGGGGAGGACUUCCUCAAGGCAACAUAAGAGAAGCAAAGAAAAAGAUUUAUCAAAUAUAGGGUGCUAUACAAAAUCCUGGAAAUCAUUUGAACUGAUUAGUGAAUCUUCAUCUGAAUCAGAGGACUCUGAUGUUUUCCCAGGUGGAGUUCAGAACAAACCAAUGCUCCCAAAUACAUUAUGGGAUACCACAAUCUAUGAAGAAAAUAUGAUUUUGAAAUGUGUUGGGGCACAGGGAUUGCCAUGUGCUACCAAAGAGCAAAUGGGGGCCCUCAUUUAUUUCCCGAGGGGCCCCGGGGCCGCCAGUCCGACCCUGGCCGAAGGAUCAUCUUGGGUCUUGCUGUGA